GCUGAAGCAUGUGAAGUUUCGAUGCGAUAUAUUCGAUUAUUAUUAUCAAAAGUCGUUCAGACAUCAUACACAUUCGCAAUGUUGGAAAAAGUGAAUGUAAUGAGAAAUCGUGAUCUUGACGAGAUGAGGAACGAACAGAAGAAAAAAAAAUCACAGACCAGACUGGUAUUUAAGCAAAAACAAAAUCAUAAAUUGUUUGGCUGAAACAAAGAAAGCAUGAAAUGAUCGGAAAAGCAAAAAAAAUGCACCAAAUUGAAACAGAAAAAAAAAACAAAAAAAUGUGUGUACACUAAUCUCUGCGUUAUGUGUGGCGCAUCGAUAAUCACGAAAAUUCCGAACGGCAAAUAACAUGCUCUCGAUGGACUCAAGUGUAUUGCUGCUAUCGUUGCAACUGUGUGUGUGCCGUUGGGCCAUUCGUUGUAUGUGCUUUCCUCAUUUUCGUUCACAUUGUCUGUCGAAGAGAAUUUAUAUCGUAUCGGUUCCGAUUCUUCAGCUUGUUGAAAGACACUAACCAAUUCUCAUUCGCAUACCAUUCGUAAAAGGGAAAAACAAAACUAUAAUCCGAGCGAGAGUAGAGAAACAACAACAACAACAGCAGCAACAAACUAUGAAGAUCUAAUUUUCGUUCCGUUUUCGUGCUCACUCUAUUUUGUCGUUGUUUGUUUCUCUCACAGAAGAAAAAAAAAACUACUUCUUUCCAAACGAUCAAUAUAUAUACAUAAAAUACAUAUAUUCGAUUGACGAUCUCUUUCGAUCUCUUAAACCAGGCAAAUCAUUCGAUUUCACUCGCUAUCGAAGUUCCAACUGCUGCUGCUGCUUUUGCCUGAACACGGCUGCUGCUGCUGCUGCUGGAGAACACACACACGUUUCUAUUUCUCUCUUUCCACUGCCAUUCGACAGAGAGUGCCGUUUGCUGAGUUUUGUUGCUAUGUUUGGCGCUACACUGCUUUCGUAGUCGUCGUCGUCGUCUUCGUCGUUGUUGCUGGUUGUUGUUGUCGUCGUAAACGUUUUUUUUCUUCUUUGUGUGUGAUAAAACUCAAGUUAUAAUAUUUGAUGAUGUUUGUCUGUGCCUUCGCCGUCGCCGCCGCCGCCGCUUCUGUUGUCUGUUAACAAAACUCAUUUAGUUGGUUUUUCGGAUUUAGUUUGUCUUGGACCUUAAAACGUAUCGCAUACCGUGUUUAAGCAACUACACACACUCACUCAGAGCCACUCGAUUGUGUUUGAUUUUUCACCAGAAAACAAGAAGCGAAAUAAAAUUUACCCACAGCUCAUUUUUCUUUUAACAAAAUAAAUUAUUGUCGUGUAGACCACAGAAAAAAGUUGAUCUUUUUUCAUUGCCAUCACACGAGAGGCAGCCGCGCAACAGUGAAUAGAAACUAUAAACCGAAUUUUUGUUUUUGUGAAUUUUGAACGAAAACAACACAAAUAAAAAGGAAUUAUCAUCACGAGAGUAACGCGUACAAUCGAAUGUACUAAAAUAACAAAAUACCCGUGAGUGCUCAAUCAAGAACCAUCGAAACGUAACAUGAAUUGAAACGUGCGUGCUACUAUAAACGAACAACAAACAUCAUUUAAUUUCAUCCAAUUAAUUAGAGUUGGUUUAAGUGUGAUCUAGGAAAUCGUUAAACUCGACACUUUGUUGAUGCUGUUGUGUUUGUGGCCAAUUCUCUAUCGCUCUCUGUCCUCCAUCUCGUAUUGCCUAGCCGAGCUGAAUAACCAAUGAAAGGAACAAACCACAUUGUAAUUGUGACUGGUGAAAUUUUAUAGUUGAUCAACAAUAAUACUAAUUAAUGCGCAGCAACUAUUAACACACAAAGCGGAAUUAUACACACAUUCGACGGCCGAAAGAGAAAGAAAAACAACGAAACGGAUACCAAAUUAACCACACCAAAAUUCAAUUGGAAUUUCUUCGACUUUUUUUUUCUCUUCGAGUACUUGAAUUCCAUUGCAAUCGAAAAAUAAUAACAAAUAGAAAUUCGAGUGUGCGAAUUGAAAUCGAAAGCGCAUCCGACGGUCGCAAAAGAGUGAUGCGAAAAAAUGUUUGGACAUUCCACUGAAUUGUGCAUCGUGAUAUUGUUAUUGAUAACAUUGAAUUCACUGUGCGAUGUUUAUGGCAGUUUAUCGGGUUUUUAUAUCGACAAUGGCAUCGAUCAAACGGUCAUGCAUCGUGCAUUAACGCAAGACGAUGCCCAAGAAGUUGAACACGAGAUACUCGAACUGUUGGGCUUACCGGAACGGCCAAGAAAAAAGCAUAAUAUUCAUCCAUCGCUUCGGAAAUCUGCACCGAAAUUUUUGCUGGAUGUUUACAAAAAUUUGAAUGAAGAAGCGAAUGAAAAUGUCUAUGGCAGCCGUCAUGCUCGGAGUACGGACUCGGAUGAAGGUGAAAAUUUCAUUACCGAUGUGGAUAAGGUGGCCAUCGAACAAAGUGACAUUAUUACGACAUUUUUGAAUAAAAAAAAUCACAUAACCGAAGUGCGACAUGAGCGUGGACGAAAAUUAUGGUUCGACAUAAGUGAAGUAUCAAAGGAGUCGACAUUGAUGAUGGCCGAAUUGCGAAUCUUUCAAAAUCCAGCACUGGGACGAUGGCAGGAUAUUAACAAAGAAUUCGUUAUAACCGUAUACUUUGUAACCGAUACUGAAAAUGACAAGGACAUGCAAACCGUUGUGUCAACGAAUACAACAUCCGAUUACCAUGGUUGGCUCGAAAUGAAUGUUACGGAUGCAAUGACAAAAUGGAUUACGAAUGGCGAGUGUAACAAGGGGCUGUAUAUCGGAGCAUAUGCGGUUAAUCGGCCUGACCAUGAGGUUAAAUUGGAUGAAAUUGGUUUGGUAAACGCCAAGGGUGAUGAUGAAUACCAACCGUUUAUGAUUGGUUACUUUAAGGGUCAGAAUUUUGUGCGGCCCGUAUUGCAUAAGAAUCGCUCAAAACGCAGUGCAAUGCAUCGUCGUCGCAAAUCCGAAAUGAUGAAUCCAUUGCUCGAACCACGCAUGAAUGACCACACGAAAAGUUGUCAAAUCCAACAGUUGUACGUGAGUUUUAAGGAUUUAAAGUGGCAGGAUUGGAUCAUUGCACCCGAUGGCUAUGGUGCAUACUAUUGCAGUGGCGAAUGUAAUUUCCCAUUGACGGCUCACAUGAAUGCAACGAAUCAUGCUAUCGUUCAAACGCUUGUGCAUUUAAUGCAGCCGGCCAAAGUGCCGAAACCUUGCUGUGCACCGACCAAAUUGAGUCCGAUUUCGGUGUUGUACUACUUGGACGAGACGAAUGUCAAUUUGAAAAAGUAUAAAAAUAUGGUAGUCAAAAGUUGUGGAUGCCAUUGAGAGAAGCAUUUACUUUUGAUUGACUGAUAUUCCAAAUCACACACACACAUACCAGCACCAGCACCAACACCCAAACACAAUAACAUUUUUAUUCCAUGCAAUAAAAGUGUUUAUUGAAACCGAAAUGACAGCAUUUUGCUCGCCUUUUUCCCCUUUCGCUCAUCGAAUCGAUUAUAUUUUUUUUUGUAUAUAGAACUUAUUGACUCCACUCAAUUGUCUAAGAAAUUGAAUAUUCAUCUAGAUUAUAAGUUUUUUCUCUCUUUCUCUUUCUCUAUCUCUUUCGAUAACAACAUGAAUAAUUUUCUUUUGUUUUGGAUGAUAUCGUCGAUUUUGUGUCUAGCAAAAUCGCAUCGAAUAUCAAGAUCACAAGCGAAAGCAUUGAUUCGAUGGUGUUUUUUUUUUUCAUUAUUCUGACAUUAAUGUGCAAAUUUUCAAUUGAAAUGAACGAAAUUUGCAAAUCGCAUUGCAUAGCUUAAGCAGUACACUUACAAUUAGAAUGACUCAAUUAAAUUAUGUAUUUUGUAGUUUUGCAUCUGGCUAUGUGUAUGAAGAACAUUUUUUUAUAUAUAAAUAUCGAAUAAAAUUUAUAUUCAGAAUUGCUGUAACGAAUUAAACCAAUCCCUUGUUUCAAUUUCAAUGCUGGUAUUAUCCACUAUUCAGAUUCACAGGAGAUGGAUUUAUGUGCAAUAUAGUUGGAAUUCAAUUGCUAAGGAAUGGGAAAAAAAAUUGAAUUCCAAAACGGCGAUGAGCAAUGAGUUUGUAUAAUAUUGCGUUCCGGACCAUCAUCGUCGUCCACAGCGAACGCUUUCGACUUGGCAAUAUUUCCUUGAAUUUACGAUAUAUAUGAAACAUAUUUGUAUGAAUUUUGGAAAAUAUUUCCUCAACUCAACUAUUUCAUUCUUGUCAAUAGCAUUUAAGUAUAUAUAUUCAAGCUUCAACCGCAAUAUGUACAAUAACCGCAUCACAUACCAUAUACGAACAAAUAAAUCGAAUAACGUUCAUGCGGCCUUGAACAUUAUUUUUUUAUAAUUACCAUCGCAUUGAUUCAGGAUUGUUGAUAUUUUCAUCGAAUAUGUUUUAAAUUAAUUAACGGACAAAAAAUUAAAAUUUUCAAUAAAAGUGAUAAUUAAAAUCGAUUUUCAGUUUGCCAACGUUAAUCCGGAUUUGGCGGGAAUGAAGUGAAUUCAUAGGAAUGGUGAUAAUGGUUUUAAAUAAAUUUCAAUGAACACAAUCAAUCAUUGCUUUUGUUAUGUGAAAAUAAAUUCGUUGUUUCAGUAUCGAAACAGGCGGCCGUUUUUCAAUCUGAAUAGAUUUUUUUUUAAAACCAAACUGAUGCUAUUUCAUGUAUUUGAAUAUUAACGACGAGGUAUUAUUUGUUAGUAUUGUAAUGCGGCAUAUAUCGAUUUUUCAUACACAUUUUUCCAUCUACUCCAAAAUAGCUGCAACAUUUCAUUAAAAAAAAUUCAAUUCUAACUUAUCGAAAUAUUAGCAUUUUUAUUAAUAAUUUUAUCGACUUUUUAUUGAAAAUAAUAAAAAAAAACAUCGAGAAAAUUUAAAAAUGCUGUGUUUCAAAAUCGAUCCCAUAUUCAGCCAAUCGAUUGCAAUCUUUCGAUGAACUCUUAAAAUAUACUGAACUACGAGUUCACUGUUUGGACAGAUGGUUUUGUGCCCUAGAUGAAAUUCACUUACAGCGAGAAAUAAUACUCUAAAAUUCGUACUGCAUAAAAAUAGCAAAACAGAUGAUUCUCCAUUGGGAUGUGCAGUUCAACAACGCGUCGUCAUGCAUAAUACGAAACAACUGUUUAUAAAUGAUUGCGAUCACUUUAUAUGAUGGAUAACUGUUUUUUGUGCUUGACAUUGACGUUCAUGAAAGCAAAAAUUCCAGUUGUUGUAUUUUGUGGUGUGUAUUGAAUUAUUUCGAUGCUAUUGUAGAACGUGAAUUGAAUUAUUGAAUUCAUAGUGCAAAACUAUUGCUAUUGUUCUCCUACUGAGUUUCGAAAUUUGGAUAGAAAAUUCUCCCGUUUUCUAUUUGCAAUUCAUAAAUUCCAGGUUGAAAAAUGUAUUGAAAAAAGUUCGAUCAAAAAUUCAUUUUGUGAGAAGUGCGUCGUAUUUUCCCAUUGUAGCUCAACAGCAAGUAUCCAAUUCAGUCGUCACACGAAUAUCUGUUUUGCGUUAAAUUUGCGACGGAAUUGCAUCACACUGUGAGUUAAACCUUCAACGCGUUCGAACGAGUUGAACGAAACAUUUUAAGAAAAAUUCUGUUGCCGAUUUUGGAACGGAUUUCAUAUCAAUAUUUAACCAGUGUCUAGAAUGCGAAAUUGAAAUGACGGAAUUAAAGUCAUCGUAUUUUUCUCUCUCAUUUUUUCACGACAACCCAACAGAAGCAGAUCAGCUAAAUAUAUUCUUCCGCCGAAAAUGCAUCCUCUUAAAUUCAUCGUUGUGAUUUUAUUCGCUUUAAUUCUGUUGAUGCAGAGAAUCGAAAGCAAAGCUAUGGCCUCACCUGGAGUAUUGCGGGCAUGGGACUUGUGGCUUGCAGAUAAUCCAGCGUAUGGAGCAAAUGACGAACCAAAAAAUUGUGAACCAGUAAACGUCGAAUAGAUAUACGAACGUAGCUCAUUAUUUAUCCAAUUCACGUUUAAAACAACCAUUGUAAUAAUUAAGUGAACUGUUAUCAAUAAAGCUACUAUCAUCCA